AUAAUAUUGACUAGAUAAUAAAUUUAUAGCCUGACACGAGAGUCUACUUCAACAGAAGUGACUCUUUUCUUGUGUUUAAUAUAUUGUUAUACUUUAUCAAUUUAUAAAAUUAACACGAACGAAAGUAUGGCGCAUAAAUUACAUUUGGAGAUAUGUCAAUAUGCUAACAGUACUUUGUCAAGAGAAGAUAUUUUAGAAGCUGUAAACACAGAGCUUUUGACAUGGGAAGAAAUUUAUCUUGAUAUUAUUAUAUAUGGUAAAAAUUGUACAAAUUCUUUAUUGAAAGAACAUGUCGAAUCUAUGGUAUGCUCGGAUUAUAGCAACCUGGAGAGAGAAAAAAUCAGUAUUCAAGAGGUUGCAUUUGAGUUUCAUAUUUAUAGCCUGACACAAGAGUCUGCUUCAACAGAAACAUUGUGGAAUGAUUCUGAAGAAUUAUCAGUUGCAUCUCACUGGGUGUUACCUUCGCAAGAAUUUCAUCAUAUAUGGCAAAAUUUGUUUUACGAUAAUAAUAUAAAAAAUGAUUUAUUGCAUUAUGUGGAGACAACAAUGUUAUUUUCGGGUUGUGGUGUUAAUUCUAAUAUUAUAAGCUGGAAUAAGGUGAUAUUGCUGCAUGGUCCUCCAGGUACAGGGAAGACCAGCUUAUGUAAAGCUUUGGCUCAAAAAGCUGUUAUUCGUAUGAAAGAUCAUUUCACUCACGGAGAAUUCAUCGAGAUUAACAGUCAUAGUCUAUUUUCUAAGUGGUUUUCUGAGAGUGGGAAGCUUGUUAUGAAGCUAUUCGAGGAGAUAAGAAGUUUGGUUGAAAAUGAAAAAGCAUUGGUAUGUAUUCUGAUUGAUGAAGUAGAAUCAUUAGCACAUACACGUAAAUCAUGCAGCAAUGGUACUGAGCCGUCUGAUUCUAUACGUGUUGUAAAUGCUCUACUUACACAAUUGGAUCAAAUUAAACGAUAUCCGAACGUUUUAAUUUUGACGACGAGCAAUAUGACGGAAGCCAUAGAUCUUGCAUUUAUCGAUCGAGCGGACAUAAAACAAUAUCUCGGAUUUCCGUCUGAAGUAGCUAUUUAUCACAUUUAUCGUUCAUGUCUACGGGAAUUAAUGAGGACUGGUGUAUUGCUUCAUAAAGAGAUAUGUGAUAUAUCCAAGUUAAAAAUGCUUAAAUAUGAAGAAACUUCAAAUACCAAGAAUAGUUUGAAACUGCUAGAGAUUUGUCGUGCGAGCAUAGGUCUAACUGGUCGAACAUUAAGAAAGAUGCCAUUUCUAGCACAUGCUUUUUAUUUGACCGGAGAUUCUAUUUCGUUGUCCCAAUUCAUGAAAGCGAUGCAAUUAGUGAUUGAAAAACGGAAAGAAGAACAUUUGCAAUAAAUCAUACACGGAAAUAAAGAAAAGUCAUUCCUUAUUUAUUUUAUUAAUAACGUACGAUUGUUGUAAAUUAUUGAAUGAUAAUGCUCGUAAGAACUUGUUUUACAUUCUGCUAAGAAAUGGACAUUGGACAAUGUGAAAAAUGGCACGGAUACAUUGAGAAUGAGGAUUUCAUCGACGAGAGACUUGAAAUUUGAUGACGAGAAUCGUUCUCGUUCUAUUAGCAGCAAGGCGACGGACUUCGUCUCUCAAAUAAUGGUGGACAAUUGUAGUAUUCCUGAUGCUUCUCAAACCUGCACUUUCAGGUUCAUGUUACGUGUCUGCUUCACUACAUGAGUGUAGUCGUACACGCUCAGCUCAUUGCAGGCUGGGCUUCCUCGUAAAAAGGUUUUAUAUGUCGUUGAUGGACUUGUGCCACUUGAUCGAUGCGUCAACAUUUUCCAAACUGAGCUGAUUCGUCAAUAUAAGGCAAACGCUCUCCAUAUUCCUCGGACUAUCUUCAUCGAUGUCGCUUUUGCAAUCAUAUACCGAUAGAAAUCAGCGUCAACACUAACAGCAGAUUGACGAUAACCAUUUUUAUCAUGAAUAUCUCGAUAAAGUUUCUUACAAUUACGAUGAAAAGAUCAUCAUCCUGUAACAUCUUUGAAAUAUUUUAAAAAUAUUAAGUGAGAACAUUCAAAAGACACAUGAAAUCAAUAUUUCAGGGUGUUGAUGUAAUGUUCUUUGAUUACUGCUUCAUUAUCCGGAUAAGAUAAGAUGACAGUCAACGUGUCUUUGAAAUUGAUCAGCCGUACCAGUUAGAAUGUGAUUACCAUACCAUUCCCAGUCUGUGCAUGUGCUCGCCGGUCCAACCGAUCGACAUGUUAUGAGGCAACGGCUGAAUUUCUGGCAGUGUUUAAUGCGGUUUAUUUUGUUGAUGACCAGUUACAGCGAUUCGCAAGUCGAAUGGUAUCGAAUACAAAUCGUCUCGGAAAGCACCGUUGGCUGAGUGCGGACACCGAUUAUAAUUUUCCACGUGUCACGAAACUUUGAUAAGUGCAAUAGACGUUUCCCAGCGAGAAAAUAAUCAAAGAAACCUGAGAAAUGAGAUCAGGCUCCCGAGCGACGCGUUUUCGUUACAUUGCAGUAGCAGAACGGAUCCUCGAGAGUUGAAUCUGAGAUCUGAGAUCCAAAAUCUGUCGCUACGAAAUCGACCGUGAUAUUUAUAAUCUCAUAUAUGUGAUGCGGUUUGAGCCGAUUGGCAGAUUCGAACAAAUCGUUGUUUAGCUGACACGUAGAUCUAGGCGAUAAACAUUGUUUUGCCGUUAGUCACGAGAUAUUAGAUUCUCACACUUUCCGUCUAGUGGCAAGAAUGUUAUUGUCACGGAGACAAUGAUACAUUGUAACGCGCCGAGACAAUACCAAACGGCAAAACAAAGAUCGAGCAAAUAAUUCGCUUGUAAACAUGGGCGAUUUGCCCGAGCGGUGACUCGAUGUUACCGGCUUCCAGAAUACUAUCUGCGAGAAUCCUCUGGACGAUUUUAACAAGCACAUGAAACCGCAGAUAUGCUUUUCCAACUCGGAACAAACAGAAAACCACAAUGAUAUCAAAAUGACGGGGAAACAAUUAUAAAAACACUUUUUGCGAUCACGAUUCCAUCAUUUUUUAUCAUUUUGACGUAACUGCGAUUUUCUAUUCUAUCUGGGAUAUAAUACAAUAUGUAGUCAUGCGUAAUAACUGUACACUGUAAUUGUAUGCAUGUCACUAGUUUUCUAUUAAAAUAAAAGAAAUUGAC